AUGAUCACUCCCACAGGAUCAUCAAGAUCCAAACGGCGUCGGACCUCGCCACAAAUCACCACCGCGGCCAGUACCCGUCGCAAGCGGGUCCGUGGCACGGCCGACCAUCCAACUCAUCCAGCUACGGAGAAUAACAACGACACCAGCAAUAAUGAAUCCUCAAUUCAUCCCGAGGUAGCCUCGACUAAAAAUCCACAGCCCACAUCCUCCACACAAACACCAACUCCAACCGGUAGUGGCCUCGUGGAAUCCACAUCCGCAAUCCUAGCACGAUACAAAGCUUGGCGAAAAGCAGGAGCACCGCAUGAUCUGCGCUGCUUCGAAUGUCACCAAGAAGGAAAAACUCAGGGAGACCUAGAUCCCUGCGAGACUUGUCCUCGAGUGUAUCAUGAGGCGUGCAAGCCAGAAGACGGCUACUUCGUGUCAUCGCAGCAACCACGAGCGCAGCCGGGCCCUGUUCCCCCUCGUCAAUGGUAUUGUCCCGUUUGCGUGCAUCGCGGAUGGCACGUUACCCCACCGGUGUUAACACCGCCUCAAUCGCCUGUGUUGAGGCCGUCAACCCCUGCUUCUAUUCCUGCCGCAGCUGUUCCAGCGCGUGAGGAGAAUGUCCGCAUUGAGAAUAUCGAAGCGACGAGUAAUACUAGGGAAAGUAGCAAAGGUCAACAAAUAGAUACAUCUAGGGAGAAAGAAAAGUCGACCGACGCAAGCAGACGUAAGUCGCGGUUCGACACGCUCUCGCCACAAGUCGAGUCCGCGCUGUGGGUUCUCUAUCGCGAGCUAGAAAGCGUGCCUCUGGCGCAGCGACGGAUCGCGGACCUAGAGAAUGAAAUGGCGCAGCUACGGCAGGAGGUGAGGAUCCGGCGGAAUGAAAUCGAGUUGACGCGCGCGAGUGGCUCGCAGGUGCGUGUAUUGCGGGAGGAGGUGCAGAAGCUGAAGACGGAUUUGGCGAGUCGAGAGGCGGCUGUGGAGGAGACUAAGGGUUUGAAGGCGCGAAAUAGAGAGCUUGAGGUGGAGUUGGAGCGUUCGCGUGCUGAAGUGGAAGAAAGUGCUAGAACUCUGGCUGAGUGGAAGAAGAAGUUGUCGAAUUUGAUUGGGGAGUAA